CUUAUAAAAGCAGAGAGGGCAGCGAGGGAGCUGGAGAGGCUGCUGGACAGUUCCUGGUGCUGAACGCAGACAAGAGAGCAACGCGGUUGAGGACCAGUUCGCUCAUGGCAGGGAAGCAGCAGCCCCCUUAUCUGCACCUGGCAGAACUGACCGCCUCCCAGUUCUUGGACAUCUGGAAACAUUAUGAUGCUGAUGGAAACGGCUACAUUGAAGGCAAAGAACUGGAAAGCUUCUUCCAAGAGCUAGUGAGCGCCAGGAAGGGAGCAGGAGUGGAAUCGAAAAAUGUCAACGUUGCGGAGAAGAUGCAGGAGUUCAUGCGAAAAUACGACAAGAACGCCGAUGGGAAAAUUGAAAUGUCUGAGCUGGCACAGAUUUUGCCCACAGAGGAGAACUUCCUACUCUGUUUCCGGCAGCAUGUUGGCUCCAGUGCCGAAUUCAUGGAGGCUUGGCGGAAGUAUGAUACCGAUCGCAGUGGCUACAUCGAAGCCAAUGAGCUCAAGGGAUUUCUUUCGGACUUGCUUGAGAAAGCCAACCGGCCCUACGACGAACCAAAGCUGCAAGAAUAUACACAGACCAUCCUGCGAAUGUUUGACUUGAAUGGGGAUGGGAAGCUCUGCCUGUCGGAGAUGUCACGACUAUUGCCUGUGCAAGAGAACUUCCUUCUUAAGUUUCAGGGAAUGAAGCUAGAUUCAGACGAAUUCAAUGCUAUCUUUGCAUUUUAUGACAAGGAUGGAAGCGGCUUCAUUGAUGAGAAUGAAUUAGAUGCUCUUCUGAAAGAUCUCUAUGAGAAAAACAAGAAAGAAAUGGGCAUCCAGCAGCUCACCAACUACAGAAAGAGCAUCAUGAAUCUGUCCGAUGGGGGGAAACUUUACCGCAAGGAACUGGAGAUCGUUCUCUGCAGCGAGCCCCCUCUGUAAAGAUGAGCCGCCCCCUCCACGACUCAACCCGCCGCCCCCCGCCCUGCCACAACCAACAACAAAGGAAAAUG